AUGACUGGAUCCAUCCGAAAUGCGGUAGCAAAAGACGGAGAGUUGGAUUUCCCAAAGUUCUAUGAGGACAGCCACACUUCAAAGAAAACGAAUGACUGGAUCCAUCUGAAAUUCCGUGAGCUGCAUCAAGAGAUGGUCAAUGUACAAGCGGCUGCCAUCGAGUCGGGGAUGCCAUUGACGCAAGAGGAGAUUUCAAGGCAAGUGCUUGGACAGAAGAAAAGGUACUUGCUUGGAUUUGGGAGUGGCCCACAACCCUCUACCAUAUUUGCAACACGAGCACACGAUAAGGACAUGGAGGCAAUGCGAGCUGAGGUGGAGGCACUUCGUGAGGAGCGGCAAAAGGAUCAUGACGAGUUAAUGAAAGAGCGAGAGGAGCGCGAGAGAUGUUACAAUGAGCUGUUGAAAGAACGAGAGGAGCGCAUUCAAUUAUCCAAUGAGAUGUUGAAAGAGCAGGAGGAGGGACAAAAGGUUGCUACAUUUUGCAAAGAAACUUCAAUGGAUCAUGUCCACGAGCUUGAAGCCCUAUCCGAAGAGAAGGCUUGGGAACUCUUUUGCAAGAAAGCCUUCCAAUUGGACUUUGAGGGUCAUUGUCCCCCUGAGUUGGAGGAAGUAUCACAUGCAAUUGUUAGAAAGUGUCAAGGUUUGCCACUUGCAAUUGCAGCUAUAGGUGGUCUCUUGUCCACCAAAAACAAGGGUAUAUCUGAAUGGCAAAAAUUCUAUGGUAGCAUGCACUCUGAAUUGGAAAGGAAUCCUAAUCUUACAAGCAUCAGAAAAAUUUUGUUGUUAAGUUAUAAUGAUCUGCCUCACUACCUCAAAUCUUGUUUCUUGUACUUUGGCAUAAUGCCAGAGGACUACUCUAUCAGUUAUGGAAGACUAAUUCGGCUAUGGAUAGCCGAGGGUUUCAUUGAAGAGCAGAAAGGAAAAACAAUGGAAGAAGUUGCAGAAGAAUGCUUGAUUGAGCUGAUCCAUAGACGCUUAGUUCUAGUGUCAACAACAAAAUUUGAUGGAAGAGUUAGACAGUGUCAGGUACAUGAUGUAGUGCGUGAGAUUAUUCUCUCAAUGUCUGAGGAGUUUAGUUUCUGUCAAAUUUUGGAAGAGAAUUCAAGUUUCAAUGACACAACUCGGCGGCUAUCUAUGCAUAUGCAUUAUUGCAACAUGGAUAAGGUUAUGAAAAGCAUUGGUAAAUCCCCAGUUCGUUCUGUUUUUCUUUUUCAAGUGGUAAAGCUGCUAAAGAAGCCCUUCUUGGGCACACUAGCUGCAAAUUUCAGGCUUUUGAAAGUACUGGAUCUUCAGAAUGCUCCUUUGCAUCGACUUCAUGAAGAAGUGGGAAAUCUAUUUCUUUUGAGAUUUCUAAGCAUAUGGAACACAAAUGUCAAGAUAAUUCCAAAGUCCAUAGGUAAGUUACACAACCUACAGACUUUGGAUCUAAAACAUUCCCCAGUAAGAGAGCUCCCAUUUGAUAUCAGUAGAUUCCAUAAGUUACGACAUAUUCUUGCCUGUUCUUGUAACCGUGAAUCUAAUAUAGUAGGAGUGAAGAUACAUGGAGGGAUUGGAGGUUUAGAGGAGCUACAAAGUUUGUGGUAUGUGCGGACAAAUCAUGGCCUAAUUAAAGAGCUUGAGAAUUUGAGGCAGCUAAGGAAAUUGGGAAUUACGAAAUUGAGAAGAAAACAUGGGAGGGCUCUAUGUACAGCCAUUGAGAAGAUGAAAUACCUUAAACGUUUGAGUGUAAGGGCGUCAAGCGAUGAUGAGAUUCUGGAUGUACAGUAUAUAUCAUCUCCACCUAAGUAUCUUCAAUGUCUCGUGUUGGUUGGACGUUUAGAGAAGUUGCCUGACUGGAACUUGAAACUUCAAAAUCUAGUCACAUUACGUCUAUUGGGUUCAAGUUUGACCAAGAAUGAUCCACUAAAAGCUCUUCAAGUCUUGCCUAGUUUGGUACGUCUUGUUCUUGUGGAUGCAUAUGAUGGGGAGUAG